GUUAGUGCUUCACAAGACGACAAGCAACCAUUAGAAAUGGCGGACGCCGCAGCACGUUCGCUCCAGUACGAGUAUAAAGCCAAUUCAAAUUUGGUUUUACAAGCUGACGUUCGCUUAAUCGACCGUCGAGCUCGAGAUGAAGCCACCGGUGAGGUUAUGUCCCUUACCGGGAAGUUGGAAGGGACGCGCAUGGGUGACAAAGCCAUGCGCAUGAAACCGGCCAAACGUCAGAAGCGUGAUCCCGGCAAAACUGACAUUGGUGGCAAAUCCAGUGGUAAGGGGCCAUUACAGAGCGACAACCUGGAGGAUCUUUCUGGCAUCAUCUACAGACCCAAAACGCAAGACACCAAACAGACUUACGAAGUACUACUCAGUUUCAUCCAGGAAGCUUUGAGCGACCAACCCAGGGAUGUGUUGUGUGGUGCAGCUGACGAAGUCCUCACAGUCCUCAAGAAUGACAAGCUCAAGGAUAAAGAAAAGAAGAAGGAAACAGAGGCUAUGCUUGGCACCCUUCCAGAAGAAAGGUUUGCCCUCCUUGUCAACCUCGGCAAGAAGAUCACAGAUUGGGGCCAAGACGAGAAAAUGGCAACAGGAGAGGAGCAGAUGGAUGACCAGUAUGGUAUUAAUGUGCAAUUUGAAGAUACAGAUGAAGAAAAUGAAGACGACAAUGUUGACGGAGAAAUUGGCGAUGAAGAAGAUGGUGAAGACGAAGCCGAAGAAGCUGAAACAGACCACGCUAUUCACGCAGAUGCCGUCGCUGUGGACUUGGGUGGUAAAAAGGAGAAGAAACUUCACCCGCUUGACAUUGAUGCCUACUGGCUUCAGAGGAAGCUGUCCAAAUUUUACAGCGAUCCCAUGGUGUCACAAGCAAGAGCCGGCGAAGUGCUUAACAUUCUCAAGAAUAUCCAAGAUGAGAGAGAAUGUGAAAACCAGCUAGUCGUUCUACUUGGCUUUGACUGCUUUGAUUUCAUCAAGCUGCUGAAACAAAACAGACAUAUGAUCCUGUACUGCUCGUUGCUAGCAUCGGCACAGAGUGAAGCAGAAAGAAGAAGCAUUCAAGAUGAAAUGAAGAGCAAUCCCCAUCUGAACAAAAUCCUGCGUCAACUAGAUACAGUGAGAGACGACACUGGACUCGAACCAAUGGAAGUGGAUUCCAAAAAGAGUUCAUCGCGCCAAGGUAAUUACGCUGCGAAAGAAACCGGGGGCAGCAGCAACGGAGGACAGGAAGGUUAUAGUGGCAUUCCAGGUCUACGCGAACUUCUAGAUUUGGAGGAUCUUGCGUUUGCACAGGGUUCGCAUUUUAUGGCCAAUAAAAAAUGCACUUUGCCAGAAGGUUCAUUCAGAAAGCAGCGCAAAGGAUAUGAGGAAGUUCACGUACCGCCAUUGAAACCCAGACCAUUCGAUGCCGACGAAAUGCUUAUCCCUAUUGACAAACUUCCAACCUACGCCCAGCCGGCGUUUGAAGGAUUCAAGACACUCAACAGAAUCCAGUCGAAAAUCUACAAAACAGCCUUAGAGUCUGAUGAGAACAUGUUGAUUUGCGCUCCAACUGGUGCCGGUAAGACCAACGUAGCUUUACUUACGAUGAUGCGAGAACUUGGCAAGCACAUCAAUCCGGACGGAACCAUCCGCGUCGACGAGUUCAAGAUCAUCUACAUCGCACCCAUGCGAUCUCUCGUACAAGAGAUGGUGGGCAGCUUUGGCAAAAGAUUGGCUCCUUUCAAUCUGAAAGUUGGCGAAUUGACGGGCGACCAUCAGCUCAGCCGUGAAGAAAUUGCCCAGACUCAAGUGAUUGUCUGCACUCCAGAAAAGUGGGAUAUCAUCACCCGAAAAUCAGGCGACCGAACUUACACUCAACUGGUCAAGCUUAUGAUCUUCGACGAAAUUCACCUGUUGCACGACGAUCGUGGACCGGUUCUGGAGGCGUUGGUAGCUCGUACCAUUCGGACUGUCGAGUCCACUCAAGAGGAUCUACGCCUGGUUGGUCUUUCAGCUACUCUACCAAACUACGAAGAUGUGGCCACUUUCCUGCGUGUCCGACCCAAGACGGGCCUUUUCUUUUUCGAUAACAGCUAUCGUCCUGUGCCUCUGGAGCAACAAUAUGUGGGCAUCACCGAGAAGAAGGCCGUCAAGAGGUACCAAAUUAUGAACGAAAUCGUCUACGAAAAGGUGAUGGAACAUGCCGGAAAGAAUCAGAUUCUCGUCUUCGUUCACUCAAGAAAAGAAACGGGAAAAACAGCCCGUUCAAUUCGUGAUCUUUGCCUAGAGAAAGAUUCACUAGGUGCAUUCUUGCGUGAGGGAUCCGCUUCAACAGAAGUCUUGCGCAAUGAAGCCGAGCAAGUCAAGAACCAAGAGCUGAAAGAUUUGCUACCCUACGGUUUCGCCAUCCAUCAUGCCGGAAUGAGCCGUGUCGAUCGUGCUUUGGUUGAAGAUUUGUUUGCUGAUCGUCACAUUCAAUUGCUUGUUUCAACAGCUACGCUAGCUUGGGGUGUUAACUUGCCCGCCCAUACCGUCAUCAUCAAAGGCACACAAGUCUACAACCCUGAAAAGGGUAGAUGGUGCGAACUGGGUUCAUUGGAUGUCCUGCAAAUGUUGGGUCGUGCUGGACGACCUCAGUAUGACACCAAAGGUGAAGGCAUUCUCAUCACCAACCACAGCGAGUUGCAGUAUUACCUGUCGCUGCAAAACCAACAGUUGCCCGUCGAAUCCCAGAUGGUUAGCAAAUUGCCCGACAUGCUGAAUGCUGAAAUCGUUUCGGGAACAGUACAAAACGUCAAAGACGCCGUUCAUUGGCUGAGUUAUACCUACCUGUACAUCCGAAUGCUUCGCUCACCCCAGCUUUACGGCAUUUCAGUGGACAAGUUGAAAGAAGAUCCUACGUUGGAGCAACACAGAGCUGACUUAAUCCAUACAGCUGCUGUUUCGCUUGAGAAGAGCCAACUCUUGAAGUACGAUCGCAAAUCUGGCCAAUUACAAGGUACGGAAUUGGGUAGGAUUGCCAGUCAUUACUAUUGCACCAACGCAAGUAUGGCCACCUACAACCAGUUGCUCAAACCAACGCUGAGUGAGAUCGAACUCUUCCGUGUCUUUUCGCUAUCUUCCGAGUUCCGGAACAUUACUGUGCGUGACGAAGAAAAGUUGGAGUUACAGAAGUUGAUGGAGCGCGUGCCGAUUCCCAUCAAGGAAAGCAUCGAGGAACCCAGCGCCAAAGUCAACGUUCUCCUUCAAGCUUACAUUUCACAGCUCAAGUUGGAGGGCUUUGCUUUGAUGGCUGAUAUGGUCUACGUCACCCAAUCUGCUGGCCGUCUUAUUCGCGCCAUCUUUGAAAUGGUCCUCAGCCGAGGUUGGGCUCAGCUUGCCGACAAAGCCCUGUCUCUGAGCAAAAUGAUCAACCGUCGCAUGUGGCAAUCCAUGUCGCCUCUUCGACAGUUUAAAAAGAUGCCGGAAGAAAUUAUCCGCAAGCUCGAAAAGAAGAGUUUGCCAUGGGAACGGCUCUACGAUCUGGGCCCUACUGAAAUGGGAGAACUUAUCCGUGCACCCAAGUUGGGCAAGACAAUCCACAAGUACGUCCAUCAGUUCCCUAAACUGGAAUUGUCCACCCACAUUCAGCCUAUCACGCGCUCGACACUCAAAGUGGAGCUGACGAUCACGCCCGAUUUCCAGUGGGACGACAAGAUUCACGGCAAAGCUGAGGCUUUCUGGAUCUUUGUCGAAGAUGUGGAUUCUGAAGUUAUUCUUCACCACGAAUACUUCCUUUUGAAGGCUAUUUACGCCCAAGAUGAACAUCUGGUCAAGUUCUUUGUUCCAGUAUUUGAACCUCUGCCCCCUCACUACUUUAUUCGUGUUGUAUCGGACCACUGGAUCUCUUCGGAAACUCAGUUGCCCGUAUCAUUCCGUCACUUGAUUUUGCCGGAUAAGUAUCCCCCACCGACGGAGCUCUUGGAUUUGCAGCCGUUGCCCGUCACAGCUCUACGCAACCGAUCAUACGAAGCUCUCUACGCCGAUUCGUUCCAGCAGUUCAACCCCAUCCAGACGCAAGUGUUCAACGCUCUCUACAACACAGACGACAACGUCUUUAUUGGCGCCCCAACUGGAGCUGGAAAAACAAUUUGUGCCGAGUUCGCCAUCCUGCGCCUCUUCAGCCAGAAAGAACAAGAAGCACUGGCUGAAGGAGUGGCGGAAGUUGAAGCCCGCUGUGUCUACGUCACACCCAAUCAAGAACUUGCCGACAACCUGUUCAUCAAUUGGCAAGACAAGUUUGCGUCGCGGUUGGGCAAGAAAGUAGCAAUGCUAACAGGCGAAACGGGUACCGACUUGAAGCUUUUGGCCAAAGCCAAUAUUCUGAUCUCCAUUCCGGAGCAUUGGGACGUCUUGUCGCGGCGCUGGAAGCAGAGGAAGAACGUCCAGAAUGUCCACCUGUUCAUCGUCGACGAGCUUCAACUAUUGGGAGGAGGAGACGGACCUACACUGGAAGUGGUCUGUUCGCGAAUGCGUUACAUCGGCGCCCAAUUGCAGAAACCCAUCCGAUUGGUGGCAUUGAGUCACUCGCUGGCCAAUGCCAAGGACGUCUCGCAGUGGUUGGGUUGCCCAGCAAAUGGCAGCUUCAAUUUCCAUCCGAAUGUGAGACCGAUCCCACUGGAACUUCACAUCCAGGGUUUCAACAUCACUCACAACGCGUCGCGUCUAAUUGCCAUGGCUAAGCCAUUGCAUAAUGCCAUUUGCAAACAUUCUCCAAAAAAACCUGUGCUUGUCUUCGUUCCAUCACGAAAACAGUCUCGUAUUACAGCCUUCGACAUCUUGACGUACGCUGCAGCCGAAAAUGAUGCCGAACGAUAUCUUCAUGCCGAGCUAGAGGACAUCAAACCUUUCAUCCAGCGGCUAAGUGACAAAACGCUUCACGAGACACUCAAGCAAGGUGUUGGUUACCUACAUGAAGGUUUAACAGUCCAAGAUAGAAGGAUCGUGGAACAGUUGUUUGAACUGGGAGCCAUUCAAAUCAUUGUUGUUUCGCGUACCCUUUGUUGGGCCGUCUCCGUUCACGCCCAUCUUGUGAUCAUCAUGGACACGCAAAGUUACAACGGUCAACAGCACAUGUACGAUGAUUAUCCAAUCACCGACUUGAUUCAAAUGGCCGGAAGAGCUAAUCGGCCACGCGAAGACGACGAUGCCAAAUGUGUACUCCUGUGUCAAUCUUCCAAGAAAGAUUUUUACAAAAAGUUCUUGUACGAGCCGUUGCCGAUCGAAAGCCAUCUCGAUCAUUGCCUCCACGAUCAUUUCAAUGCCGAAAUCGUCACCAAAACUAUUGAGAACAAACAAGAUGCUGUCGACAAUUUAACAUGGACUUUCCUGUACCGGCGCAUGACUCAAAAUCCCAAUUACUACAAUCUUCAAGGAGUGAGUCACAGGCACUUGUCGGAUCACUUGUCCGAGUUGGUAGAGAGCACGCUUAAUGAUCUGGAGCAGUCCAAGUGUAUCACCAUCGAGGAAGAAAUUGACGUCAGUCCACUCAACUUGGGCAUGAUUGCCGCGUACUACUGCAUUCACUACACAACGAUCGAGUUGUUCAGCUUGUCGCUCAACGCCAAGACCAAGAUUCGUGGCUUGUUGGAGAUCAUUUCAGCUGCUGCAGAAUACAAGAACGUUCCAGUCCGACACGGCGAAGAAGCUGUGUUGCGUCAGCUCGCUACUAGGCUUCCAAACAAGCCACAGGCUAACGCCAAAUUUAGUGAUCCUCAUACCAAAACGUUCCUCUUGCUGCAGGCCCAUUUGUCUCGUGUCCAACUACCCGCUGAAUUGCAACAAGACACUGAGCUCAUUCUUGGCAAGGCGAUCCGUUUGAUCCAGGCUUCUGUGGAUGUCCUCAGCUCAAAUGGAUGGCUUUCCCCAGCUGUGGCCGCCAUGGAAUUGUCGCAAAUGGUGACCCAAGCCAUGUGGUCCAAGGAUUCGUACCUGAAGCAGUUGCCUCACUUCACAACCGAGAUUGUCAAACGCUGCACCGACAAGGGGCUGGAGACCAUUUUCGAUGUUAUGGAAAUGGAAGACGACGAACGCAACUCUUUGUUGGGGUUGAGUGAAGCACAAAUGGCGGAUGUUGCCCGCUUCUGUAACCGCUAUCCCAACAUCGAAUUAGGAUUUGACGUGAUAGAUCGUGACCGAGUCGUAUGUGGUCAGUCGGUGGUGGUGGCAGUUAACCUGGAACGUGAAGAUGAGGUCGUUGGCCCGGUUCUCGCUCCCUUCUUCCCUCAAAAACGCGAAGAGGGCUGGUGGGUAGUGAUCGGAGACCCGAAAGCCAAUGCACUGGUUUCCAUCAAACGUCAAACAUUGCAACAGAAGGCAAAAGUCAAGCUAGACUUUACGGCUCCAACUACCCCUGGCCAGCAUUCUUACACAAUCUAUUUCAUGAGCGACUCUUAUACGGGAUGCGAUCAAGAGUACAAGUUCACCAUAGAUGUCAAGGAACCGUCAAAUUCUGAAGAUUCUGAUUCUGGUUCCAACUAAACACGAAGUCCAAAACUUUUCUAUCUUUUUUUUUUGUGCAGGUUUUAUAACCGGUUUCGUUUUUAAUACAUUGUGAGAAAUGUCAUGCCUCUAAGCAUAUUGCUCGCUAUGAAUAAAAUGCGCUAAAUCAUUUCA